AUGGCCGGCGGUCCGGUCCGGCAUCAUCUGCUCGGCUCCAUCCGGCGCAAGCCGUCCGUUCCGUCCGUGCAACUCCAGACGCGCAAAGCAAAACCGACCAGCAGCCAACGAGUGACAAUGCAAGGCUGCGUGUUGCGGACAGGAGAGGCCAGGCCAUGGCAAGGCCCUGCCGUCAGUCGAGUUCAGUUCAUAGGGAGGCAGCAGAGGCAUUCAUGGAUCUGGAUGGACGGGCUCAUGCACAAGACAAGAAGAGGCCAGCCAGGCAGAACCGGCCGCGAAAGCUUGUCUAUUUUUCGCCACAUCCAUACAUCAUCUGGAGCCCGCUUUCCGUGCGAUGCGAUCACAGGAAAAAUUUCUGCGGCGGACGAAACCAUCCGCUGGCUAGCUGCUUUUGCGUACGUGCGUAACGGCACCAGCGAUGCCACCUCGGCCGAGUUGGUAGCCACGCAGGCUAAAACCCCAACCCAACCCCCCUCCUCCUCCUCCUCCCACCGCAGGAGAGCAGGAAGCUUCUUCAUCGGAGGAGGGCCGGAGUGCAGGACACGCGCGCGCGGCGGCCAUGGGCAAGGAUGCGGCGGGGGCCAGCAGGAGGAGAAGCCCGAGGCCGACGCCGGGAGCGGCUGCGAGGGCCAGGCCAAGGAGAAGGCCGCCAAGGGCAAUGAGAAGGACAAGGAGAAGGCCGGCGGCGGAUGCAAGGAUGAGAAGGCGGACAAGGACAAGGCGAAGGGCUGCGGUGGCGGUGGCGGUGGCAAGGACGAGAAGGGCGGCAAGGACAAGGACAAGAAGGCGCCGCCGCCGCUCCCCGUGGUCACCGCGGUGCUCAAGAUCGACAUGCACUGCGACGGCUGCGCGCACCGCAUCCGCGCCUCCGUCCGCCGCUUCCCAGGAGUGGAGGGCGUGGCCAUGGAGGUGGACAAGGGGUCCAUGACCGUCGUCGGCCGCUUCGACGCCAAGAAGCUGCGGGACCGCGUCGCCGCCAAGACCAGGAAGAAGGUCGAGCUCGUCGGCGGCAAGGACAACAAGGGCGGCGGUGGCGGGGACAAGAACAAGUGCGCCGACGGCGAGGGCAAGCAGGAGCCCGACAAGAAGGAGGAGGAGAAGAAGGAGCAGGACGACAAGUGCGGCGGCAAUGCCGGGAAGGGCAAGGGCGGCAAGGACAACAAGAAGCCGGCCGUGCCGGUUAUCGUCACGGUGGUGCUCAAGAUCGGCUCCGCCGGCCUCCACUGCGACGGCUGCAUGCACCGCAUUCGCUGCAAGCUCUUCAAGAUCAAAGGCGUGGAGCAGGUGAAGAUGGACCCGGCCAAGAACCAGGUGACGGUGACGGGCACCAUGGACGCCAAGGCCCUGCCGGAGAAGCUCCGUAAGAAGCUGCGCCGCCCCGUCGACGUGGUGCCGCCCGGCAAAGGUGACAAGGACAAGGAGAAGGAGAAGGAGAAGGACGGGUGCAACAAGGACGGGAAGCAGCAGCAGCAGGGGCAGGGGGACGGCAAGCAGGGCGGCGACGGGAAGCAGUGCAAGGAGGCGGCGGAGAAGGCGCUGGCGGCGGAGCUGCAGCUGUGGAAGACGGCCUUCUACGACCAGCAGGCGAUGCAGGCUACCGAGUUCCUCCUCAGCGACGAGAACCCCAACGCCUGCGCCGUCAUGUGACCGACCUUGGCCGGCCGGCCGGCGACCGGCGGACGAUCGGAGGACUGACAGACAGAUACGGAGUGGUAGAUAGAUAGUAGGAAGCUGGGGAAUUUGGUAUAGGCAACCGGACAGAUGGACGCAGAAUUCAGUCGUUGGUUGAUGAUUACUCCGUUUUUUUUUGGGUGGUGUCGACGUGCAUGCAAGCUCAUGUUGCUAGAUUCUUGGCCAUGCUUGGUAAUGCAUGAUGGUAUGUUGAUGGAAUCUUUGGCUGGCUGCUGCAAUUCGAUUUUGGGGUGAAACAUGUAGUAGAUGUUCUGAAGCUCUUGUGAUGUGAUGUGAUGGUACCGCAUUACGAUCAAUGAUGGCACAUAAUUAUGUGUGUGAUCUCCGUGAAA